AUGCUACGCGCCAACUUGUUUGUCGAGUUGGAAGUGGAUUGGGAGAGUUUUCAGGAGGAGGAGCGCUUUGUUAAAAUCAUGGCGCCAUUCGAUGCUUUAUGUCGAGAAGCGGAAAAAGUGAGGUUAAAGAUGGAAGUAAAGGCACGUACAAAGAGUAGCCCUACCAAACAGCACCCCCUCCAAACACCUUUAUUAUUUUCUCCAAUGUCCAACAAUUCGUCUCCCCGUCAUCGCCAGCAACAUAAUCACAAGAAAAAGGGCAAGCACAAUAAGCCCACCAACAACCACACACCGCCAGGAGCCUACAGUCCCAAGAGCAGUACAAUAUCCAUGGCAGCUUCCACAUCCUGGUCAAUGUCCGAACGCCUUUCUCGCAUCGCUGGGUAUAUGUUCACCAUUGAACGUUGCCCGGCCAACAGGCGAACCGCGACCUUUCGCCGCAACCAUCUGGUUGACUUUAUCGGCGGUGAUCCAGAAGAGGAGGGUCUGGGCGUCCAUGGCGUCCUGUGGAACUUUUUCUCGACGGCCCGUCGCAUCGAACUUGUCUAUAGCAUCAUGCUACAUCACAUUCUUUCACCGAAUGCUAGUUCUCCCAUUGAGCACCGAACAGGCAUCAGGGAUUUGUUGGAGGAGGAAGUCUACACGGACUGGUAUGCUGUUCAUGAUGGGCAGUGUGAGCUGGAGAGAGAUCGGACGACGCCUAGUGCAAACAUGCGAGAAGAACUGUAUAAAGUGUGGGUGAAGUCCCCUAUUCGAACGCUGCUAAAGGGAUUCAUCACACGGGAG